CCAAAUUUCCCUCCAUUCAAUCCAUGCCUUAUCUUCAUCAAAAAUGGCAAUUCUCACUUCUUUAGAAUUGUCAUUAGCUCACAUUAAUUGCAUCAAAACAACACACAGAUACCUCGUUUUCAAUCCAUCCAAACUUCUUAUUUCAUCAUCAUCUUCAUCAAGAAUCUUGAUUCUCGAUUCUUCAAAGAGUUGCCCACCACCAAUUCUUGAAGAUGAAGAAUCCAUCCAUACACCCCUUAUUGAUUUUGAUAAAAAGGUUCAAGCUUUUCAAGAUUUUUCAAAACCCCAUCAAGAAAUUUCCAAUCUUUUGAUAUGCAAAAUGUUGAAAGAUCCAAAAACUGAAGAUUUGGGGUUUGAAAGUUACCAAAAAGCAAAAAGAAUGCCAGAUUUUAGACCCACAAAAUCUACAUUGCAUAAUCUAAUAAGGUAUUCAUUGAGUUUAAAGAAUUGGAAUUAUAUUUGGUCUAUUUCUGAAGAUUUUAGGGAAUUUGAAGUCUACCCUGAUGCUUCAUCCUGUUGUAGAUUAAUUAGUAGUUGCAUUCGUGCAAAAAGAUUUAAACUUGUUGAUAAUUUGCUACAUGUGUUGAAAUUUGAGAAAGAAGUUGCUAUUCUGAGUUUUAAUGCUGCAAUGAAAAGCUAUAACAAACUUCAUAUGUAUAGUAGUGCGGUUAAGGUGUACGAUAUUAUGAUAUCGUCUUUUAUGCAUUUAGAUGGUGAAUGUUAUAGGCAUACCAUGGAAGCCUAUUUAAAAAUGGGCAAAUAUGAGAAAGUUGUUACCUUGUUCAAAGAAUUCGAAUCAAGUAAUGUAGAAUGGACACCAUUUUGUGCACAAAUUUAUAGACUAUUAUGCGAAUCAUUAGCAAAAUUAGGAAAACCGUUUCAAGCUUUAGAUUUCUUUAGGGAAAUGACUAAAAAAGGGGUCUUAGAAGACCCUUCUUUUUACUCGUUGUUAAUCAAUUCGUUUGCAAGCGUUCGUGAAGUUAAAAUGGUGGAAGAUCUUUUGGAAGAAGCAGAGGAGAAGAAAAUGUUAAGGGAUCCAGCAGUGUUUUUAAAGGUUGUGUUGAUGUACAUUGAAUUAGGCUUACUUGAAAAGACAUUAGAUGUUGUUUCUUCAAUGAAACGUGUAGAUACACGCGUUUCUGAUUGUAUCUUUUGUGCUAUUGUAAAUGGGUUCUCAAAGAAAAGAGGACUAAAUUCCGCGGUUAAGGUGUAUGAAGGGUUGGUUACAGAAGGGUGUGCCCCCGGUCAAGUGACCUAUGCAUCGGUUCUAAACGUUUAUUGUAGGCUCGGGUUAUAUGACAAAGCAGAAGAGGUAUUUUGGGAAAUGGACAAUAAGGGUUUUGACAAAUGUGUGGUGGCUUACUCUAGUAUGAUUGCAAUGUAUGGAAAAGUUAACAGAAUAAGGGACGCUAUGCGUCUUUUAGCACGAAUGAAAGAAAGGGGGGUUGAGCUUAAUGUCUGGAUAUACAAUUCUCUUCUUGAUAUGCAGGGGAAAGUAUUGAACUUGAAACAAGUAGAAAAGAUAUGGAAGGAAAUGAAAAGAAGAAAAGUUAUGCCAGAUAAAGUAAGUUAUACAAGUGUUAUAAACGCUUAUAGUAAAGCUCGAGAAUUUGAUAUUUGUAUGAAAUAUUAUCACGAAUAUAGGCUAAAUGGUGGUCGGAUCGAUAGGGCAAUGGGCGGGAUUAUGGUAGGAGUGUUUUCUAAAAGGAGUAGAGUGGAUGAACUUGUGAAGCUUUUGCAGGAUAUGAAAAGUGAAGGUACUGGUUUAGAUGCAAGACUUUAUCGAUCAUCGUUGAAUGCCUUACGAGAUGCUGGUGUGCAUAUUCAGGUUAAAUGGUUGGAAGAGAGCUUUGAUCCGAGCUAAUAGGGAGAUUUUUAAGACGUCUCAAGGGGUGACGAGCUAUGAUUUUUAAAACGAUCUUGCUAAAAUCUAUACUCCAUUAAUAAGCAAACUACCCCACCCCCUUUUAACA